CUGGCAGCGCAGAGGCGCGCGGGACAGCCCGAGCGGCACCGAGGGGCCGCGGCCACCGAGGAGGAUGGAGACCACCAUGAACCACCUGCACGACACGGGCAUCCAGGCAACGCGCUGGCUGCAGGAGCGCUUCCAGGGCUCCCAGGACUGGUUCCUCUUCAUCUCCUUCGCCGCCGACCUCAGGAAUGCUUUCUUCGUCCUCUUCCCUAUCUGGUUCCACCUCAGCGAGCCAGUGGGCAUCAGGCUGAUCUGGGUGGCCGUGAUCGGUGACUGGCUCAAUCUCGUCUUCAAGUGGAUCCUCUUUGGGGAGAGACCGUACUGGUGGGUCCACGAGACCGACUAUUACAGCAACACCUCUGCCCCAGAGAUCCAGCAGUUCCCACUCACCUGCGAGACCGGCCCCGGGAGCCCCUCUGGCCACGCCAUGGGCGCAGCAGGCGUGUACUAUGUCAUGGUGACAGCCCUCCUCUCCACUGCCAUGGGGAAGAAGCAGUCGAGGACACUCAAAUACUGGGUGCUGUGGACGGUGCUUUGGACGGGGUUCUGGGCAGUUCAGGUCUGUGUCUGCCUGUCCCGGGUCUUCAUUGCUGCCCACUUCCCCCAUCAGGUCAUCGCAGGGGUCAUCUCAGGGAUGGCCGUGGCCAAGACCUUCCAGCACAUCCGCUACAUCUACCACGCCAGCCUCCGCCAGUACCUGGGCAUCACCUUCUUCCUCUUCAGCUUCGCCCUGGGCUUCUACCUGCUGCUGCGGGUGCUCGGCGUGGACCUGCUCUGGACUCUGGAGAAGGCGCAGAGGUGGUGCACCCACCCCGAGUGGGUCCACAUCGACACCACCCCCUUUGCCAGCCUCCUCCGUAACCUGGGCAUCCUCUUUGGGCUGGGGCUGGCCCUCAACUCCCACAUGUACCUGGAGAGCUGCCGGGGGAAGCAGGGCCAGCAGCUGCCCUUCCGCCUGGGCUGCAUCGCCGCCUCCCUCCUGGUCCUACACCUCUUCGAUGCCUUCAAGCCACCCUCCCACAUGCAGCUGCUCUUCUACAUCCUCUCCUUCUGCAAGAGCGCAGCCGUGCCACUGGCCACCGUCGGCCUCAUCCCCUACUGCAUCUCGCAGCUCCUGGCCGUGCAGCACAAGAAGGGUGUCUAGGGGUGUCCCCGCAGGUAACGGCAUGCCCAGGCAGGUGGCCGCCCCGGCUCCAGGCUUGGGGGCACCCAACAGACCAUGGGUGCACCCCAGCCACCCCACUAGACCUGCACGGGGUGACUCCACACCAGGAGCGGACCACGAAGGCUGGGCUGGCGGCGCUGCCGGCUGGCUCCUGCAGCACGGACCCGCAAUGCCAGUCGUGCCGUAGGCUCGGGCGGUCUGUGGCCAGCUGAUGGCACGGUGAGCCCCACACUCCCAGGGCUCUCCUGCUGCCCUUCCCAUGCCCACGGGUGGGGGUCAUCAGCCCGGGACCCAGCAGCAGCAGCAGGAAGACCCUGUGCUCCCCUGCAGCUGAUGGGGACGUGUCACCUCCACACUGCAGGGCUGGGGACGGCUCCACCGGGAGCAGGGUGCUCACCCAUGGGUGCUCAGGGUCUGCUGGUAAGGCAGCUGUUACAGGAACAAGCAGACACCGUGAUCUGGAGAUAAAGUGCCGGCUUGCGGGAGCCCCCCCAGCCCCGAGGUGUCGGGGAUUCACUGCUGCGUGAGCAGCAUGGGGUACACGUAUGCAUGUGUGUGUAUACAGAAAUAAUGUGUAUUCAUACACACACAUACAUAUGGGUGUCUGUAAACAGGGGGAUUUUAUUAAAGCUGAAGGUGUGUUUA